AUGGUCAUAUCGACGGGCGAUUCCUGGCGAAUAAAAGGACUUCGAAAUGCAAGCAGGUACACUGGGUUAGAUAUCGAAGUCCCUUACCAACCACAAUGGCCACUUCAUGUGGUAGAGUCAUUCCGCAGGAACAGCAUGAAAGGCUCGACACCUAAUAUCGGAAUUGGCCAGACACAAUGUUGGUUAGGGCACCUGAAUGUGUUACAAGAAAUAGUUCACCGGUCUUUUGCUACAGCAUUAGUCUUUGAGGAUGACGUGGACUGGGAUGUCGAUAUCAAAUACGAAUUAGCCCUGGUAAGUCCAUUAAUUCGCCAAGUUUGGUCAUGCGAUGGCGGCGACGACGACAAAACCCUUUUUGGUUCUUGCUGGGAUAUCCUGUGGCUUGGCCAUUGUGGUGAUAUUAUCGCUUCAGAUGCACUCUCAGUCUGGGAUUAUACCUCUCUUCCGUCGGGUUUCUAUCAGGAAAAUGAUGACCAACUCACACCAUUUCCUGCACGAACGAGAAUGGUGCAUGUGAGUCAAGGUCCCAUCUGUACUUAUGCCUAUGCUGUGACAAACAAAAGUGCUGCCAAACUAGUACAGAUGGUGGGUGACGGGGUUGAUGAGACGACAAGCACCCAGUUUCGGUUAUGGUGCCAAAAUGGGCGUCUCCGCUGUAUCACGGUCAACCCAGAGCUGUUCCAUCACCACAAGUCCAAAGGGCAAUUGUCUAGUAAUAUCGCUUUGGUAGAGGGAUGGGAGAUGGCCGAAGUUCCCAUUGAGACCGAUUUUACGAAAAAUAUUAGAUAUAGUUCCCGCUGCAGCAGCCGGGCAGGACGAGAUGCUUCAUGUGAAGAUAGUACUUAA